AUGGUCUCUGGGCCUGGUGCUUCGCCCGGGAAUGGUAUCACCGGGGGUUAUACCGGCAACGACAUUGGCUUUAAGAUUGCCAUUGCGACCCUCGCCGCCGUCACCUGGUACAAUGCUAUCGAACUCAUCAUCCUCGUCUUCGUCACCUUUAGCCAGUACCAUGGCCUUUACUUCUGGAGUUUGUUCAUCGCGUCCUCCGUCGGUCUCGUGCCCUACCAGGUUGGCUUCCUGCUGAAGUUCUUCAACUUGACCGACCAAACAUGGCUCUCUGUCACCUUCAUCACCAUCGGCUGGUGGGCGAUGGUCACCGGCCAGUCCCUGGUUCUCUAUUCGCGACUGCAUCUGGUCUUGGGCAAUGCACGCAUUCUCCGCCGCGUGCUUGCCAUGAUCAUCGUAGACGCCAUUAUCCUGCACGUUCCCACCACUGUUUUAACGUAUGGAUCCAACCUGGCCGGUGGCCGGGCGGCCUACAUCAACGGAUACAACAUCAUGGAGAAGAUCCAGAUGACCGGUUUCUGUAUCCAGGAAUUCAUCAUCUCCGGUCUGUACAUCUGGGAAACAAUCCGCAUGCUGCGCCUGGACCCCGACAGAGGUAAACGCAAAAUCAUGUACCAGCUGGUCGCCAUCAACCUGGUCAGUAUCCUGAUGGACGUCGGCCUGCUGGUGGUUGAGUACAAGGACAUGUACAUCAUGGAGACGAUGAUCAAAGGUGUGGUAUAUAGCAUCAAAUUGAAACUAGAAUUCGCCGUGCUGGGCAAGCUGGUGCACCUCGUUCGCAGCCAUGUCUGGAAGCCCGAGUCGGUCACCCGCCGCACGUCGAGUUCCCCGAUUUCGUUGACGCAACCCGGGUAA